ACACAGCAAGCAGCAGAAAACAUCUCCUGCCCUUCCCCUCCCUCCUCCCUCCACGCACCCCACACGUUCCACGCAGCUGCUAGCUAGCGUUCGCAAGUAGUGUUCGGUCGAGCCAAUGGCGGUGAUGGCCGAAGUGUCCACGACCACCGGCGCAGCUCUCCGCGGCCCGGCCUCGCCGGCGCAGUCGCCGGUGAAGGACGGCGACGCCGAGAAGCUCCGGUUCAUCGAGGAGAUGACCUCGGACGUUGACGCCGUGCAAGAGCGCGUUCUGGAGGAGAUCCUCACCCGCAACGCCGACACCGAGUACCUCAUCAAGUGCGGCCUCGCCGGCGCCACCGACCGCGCCACGUUCCGCGCCAAGGUGCCCAUGGCGACGUACGAGGACCUGCAGCCGUACAUCCGGCGCAUUGCCGACGGCGACCGCACGCCCAUCCUGUCCGGGCACCCCGUCUCCGAGUUCCUCACCAGCUCCGGGACGUCCGCCGGCGAGCGCAAGCUCAUGCCCACCAUCGAGGACGAGCUCAACCGCCGCCAGCUGCUCUACAGCCUCCAGAUGCCCGUCAUGAACCUGUAUGUGCCUGGCAUGGACAAGGGGAAGGCUCUCCAUUUCCUCUUCGUGAAAUCGGAGACAAAGACGCCGGGCGGCCUCGCGGCGCGGCCGGUCCUGACCAGCUACUACAAGAGCAACCACUUCAAGAACCGGCCGUUCGACGCCUACAACAACUACACAAGCCCGACGGCGGCCAUCCUCUGCGCCGACGCGUUCCAGAGCAUGUACGCGCAGAUGGUGUGCGGGCUGUGCCAGCGCCACGACGUGCUGCGCGUGGGCGCCGUGUUCGCAUCCGGCCUCCUCCGCGCCAUCCGCUUCCUCCAGCUCAACUGGGAACAGCUCGCCGCGGACAUCGAGGCCGGUGCGCUCACCCCUCGCGUCACCGACCCCUCGGUGCGCGAGGCCGUCGCCGGCAUCCUCCGCCCGGACCCCGAGCUCGCUGCGGUGAUCCGCGCCGAGUGCUCCAGCGGCGACUGGGCGGGCAUCAUCACGCGCAUUUGGCCCAACACCAAGUACCUCGACGUCAUCGUCACCGGCGCGAUGGCGCAGUACAUCCCGACGCUCAAGUACUACAGCGGCGGCCUCCCGAUGGCCUGCACCAUGUAUGCGUCGUCGGAGUGCUACUUCGGCCUGAACCUCCGCCCCAUGUGCGACCCGUCGGAGGUGUCCUACACCCUGAUGCCCAACAUGUGCUACUUCGAGUUCCUCCCCAUGGACGCCGCGGCGUCGGGCGGCGACGUGAGCCAGCUGGUGGACCUCGCCCGCGUGGAGCUCGGGCGCGAGUACGAGCUGGUGAUCACGACGUACGCCGGGCUGAACCGGUACCGCGUCGGCGACGUGCUCCAGGUGACCGGGUUCCACAACUCGGCGCCGCAGUUCCGGUUCGUGCGCCGCAAGAACGUGCUCCUGUCCAUCGAGUCCGACAAGACGGACGAGGCGGAGCUGCAGCGCGCCGUUGAGCGCGCGUCCGCGCUGCUCCGCCCGCACGGAGCCACCGUGGUGGAGUACACCAGCCAGGCGUACACCAAGAGCAUCCCCGGCCACUACGUCAUCUACUGGGAGCUGCUGGCUAAGAGCCCCGACGCCGGCGCGGCGGUGGACAGGGAGACGCUGGACCGGUGCUGCCUGGAGAUGGAGGAGGCGCUGAACUCGGUGUACCGGCAGAGCCGCGUGGCGGACGGCUCGAUCGGGCCGCUGGAGAUCCGGGUGGUCCGGCCGGGCACCUUCGAGGAGCUCAUGGACUACGCCAUCUCCCGGGGUGCGUCCAUCAACCAGUACAAGGUGCCCCGGUGCGUGACGUUCCCGCCCAUCAUCGAGCUGCUGGACUCCCGCGUGGUGUCCACCCACUUCAGCCCCGCGCUGCCGCACUGGACCCCCGGCCAGCGCAACGACGACUAGACCGGCCGGCCGGCGGCGCGACGAGGAGUUGGACUGUCCGGCUUCGCUUAAUUAGAUUGGAAUCUCCUGCAUAUUCUGGGCAUUGCUCGAUAGCAGAGGUAGAAUGUCCGUGCACCUAAAUAUUUGUUAAUUUUGGAAUUUUGAGUACUGUCAGUUAGUGAGAGUGAGGGUAACUUGGAUGUGGUGAGGGUUGGCUGAGCUGACCAGCUGAAGCAAAAUAGUCGAUGCAUGUAAGGGUUGGACUCUUCCAGUAGUGGUACUGUUGUCCGUACGAUCGAAUCGCUUAUUAUGGAGUAUGCGACUAAUUUAACGUUUCCCCAAA